AUGGUGGCUCCUGGGAUCGCCACGGUCAACCGGAAUCUCUACGAGGUUCUGGGUGUGGCGAGGGACACGCCCUCAGAGCCUCAGAGCCUCUUCAGGUCUUCCUUGCUUGUCGAGACACUCAGACCGUCUCAGACGAUCUCAGACAAAUCUAAGGAUGCCAGCUUGCCCACCAUCCGUGCGGCCUACCGGAAGCUGGCAGUGCAGCUGCAUCCGGACAAAGGCCGACUGCCCAGAUGGUCUCAGAAACAGCCCCAGAAACGGUUUCCGAGAAAGGUUAUCUUGGUAGCUUGCAUCUGGCAAGGUGGUGACCGUGAAGAGUUUGCAGAGUUGCAAGCCGCGUACGUCAUCCUGUGCAAUGCGACUUCGGUGGCGCUGAGACAGCGUUACGACGAGACCGGCAAGACUGACGUCCGGAACGGGCAACGGGCUCGCAAUGCCGAAGAGGUGGUGUGCUGGAAGUGCGGCUCGCAGCUUCCGGAAAAUGCCAAGUUUUGUCAGGAGCUUUUCAGUCGUUUUCUCGAGAACUGGUGUGACCAGAAAAGCACGCCACUCAGCAAAACCACAGCUGACAUCCGAAUUGGCAGGAGUGCGGUGCGCCGCGGCAGGCGAGCCGUGCGGCUUCGCAGAGAUGCCGUGGACCCGGAAAGUUUGGGAGCCCCGACGCAGGCCCCUGCCGCGAAGCCGCAAGAAGCUACGUGCCGCAAGAAGGCCUGGGGGGCGCGGGGCAGCACACGGAUCAGGUCAGUUCCUGAGGAGUUUGAGCAGUCGGUGGCCCAUAUCACGGUGACGGAGAAGGAGGGCAAGCGGACACUGAAGUUGGUGGACACCUACCCUAUGAUCGAGAACUCCAGACUGAUAGAGGGUCAGGUGCUGGUGCAGAUGCGUGCCGUGCCGCUGACGAUGUCGGACCUCAACGCAGAGAACAGGUACAGUUGUGGCGACAUCUACGGGUGCCAAGGGAUCGGCCAAGUUCGAUUGGUGGGGCCGCGGGUGACGAACCUGAAGCCAGGGGACUGGGUUCUUCCGCUUCAUGACGUUGACGCGGAUGGAGACAUCGAUCUGGAUGCCUUGCCCCCGGGCACAGGGAGGGUGCUGGGCGUUUGGAAAGAGAGCAGGUGUGCGAAGCUGGAGUUUUCAGCAGAUUCGCCCCUGAGCAUCGCGACCAUGGCGCUGGCCAAGUCAAUCGGUGCUGCCUGCCUUCUCGUCCAGGAACACACCAACAAGCUGUCAGCUGGUAGCACCGUGAUCUUGAAUUGUGCAAACGGCUCCCUGGCAGCAAGGGUGCUGAUCCAGUUGAUGGUGGCAAAAGGCUUUACCGUCCUGGCCGUGGUGCGGAAGCACAGUGGGGAAGAGUGGAUCAAGCAGAAACUGGAAGGCCUAGGAGCCAAGCGCGUCUUUCUCAUGCAGGACAACAUUCGGGACAUCUUGGAGGAGGCAGGACAGGAUCUGCCUGCCUUGGCUUUGGAUGGUGCUGGCGGCGCAGCGACGAAUCAACUGGUGCAAGCACUCGCGAAAACGGGUGAUUUAGUCUGCUUCGGCGUGGCUGCGGGAGGAAGCCAACAGGCAGUGUCCCUGGCCACCGGCAAGAAGUGGAAAGGCAACAUGCUCCAGUUUAGCUUUGACGAGUGGCUAAACCGAGAUGUUGCAACCAAUAGCAAGAUUCUGAAUCGGAUGUUGUUGGAAGUGACGCAGAUGGUCAAAGACAAGAAGAUGCAGUUUAUAAUUAAAGAGUACACCACUCAGCGUUUCAACAUGGCCGUGCUGAACGCCAAGCAGAUCGGCAGGACACAUUGCGUGGUUCUGCAUCUACCGCGCGUAGAAGAGAUCACCAGACAACACGCAGGUGAUGAUGCAAUUGUGCUUCAGGAAACAAGCUUGCAAGAUGGCAAAAGGCUCCGGCGUAGCUGGGACUUGGACUUCUUGGAGUGGGAGGAUGCCGGUGCAGAGGAGGAGUACAACUGGCGAGUUGACAAGGAGAAGGGCCUGUUUAAGCUGCAUCCGGACGCAGCGGAUGGAGCCAUCGAAAGGUUUACCAGUGACACAUCCCCAACACCCAUUGCCCAGGAACUCGGGAGCAGUCCUGCCAAAGCGGAAGCAGUGCUGUUUUGGUUGCCUGGGAGGGGUGAGAUUCCACAAGAGCACGCUCACUGGCUGGAGAGACUCACUGUUGCCUACCGAGAAUUGAGGGUGGUCAUCCUGGAGCCACAUCAGCUCGAGCAAGACCUGAAGUGGCUCCUUGGCUUCGAGCGGUCCGACAACGAAGCAGUGCACCUCGGCAAAGCGGGUGAAUGUAGGAACGCUGUGUUGGAAGCCGCAGAGAGGUUGGUUGUUCUUGGCUUGAAGUUGCCUUGUGCACCUUUGUUCCCGACGUGCACCGGUGCGCCGGAGGCUGCAACCUUUGAGAUGCCGCUGCUGCCGGGCGAGAUCGAUGCCCUGCGGCAGGUCGAGUGCGCGGCGCUGGGUUUGAAGAGGCAGUUCUUUGCCAUUCUUCUUUGGCGGCUUUGGCCAGGGGGGCCCCUUUGCCGCAAGCGCUUUCUCUCCGAUGUUUCAGGAGUGGUGGCGCUCUACGCCGGCAUGUGCCUGAUGGAGAAGCCCAUCGAUGGCGUUGCUUUCUGCCAUAGCGGCGUUCCGGCAGCUUCCAUGCUCGGCAAGCGCCUGACUCCUCAAGUGAGGACCGCUACGCGAUUGCAUGCCAUCUACGACAAGGCCGACGAGGAAAUCCCAACCACAUUCCCCGACACAAUUCACCAGAUGCUCUCUCUGGCAAAGUGUAAAGUAAGCCUCUAUUGGCUUCAGAAUGGUGCUGGCCACGUGUUUCAGGAGGAAGCUGCGGAUGCAGUCAUCAAGUGUGCCCAUAUGUGGCUGGAAGAGCUCCGUUCCCGCCCAGAUGUUUUCCGGAACUUCCGGUAG